CUGUGUGUGGGUUUAUACGGAGGAGUCUUAGACAUAUAAGGUCCCCCCCACCCUUGAAAGAUAGCAAGACCUUACCCCAAACUGAUAUGUAUCUGCUUCCUUAGCCUCCAUAGCCAAAGUUGAGGAUAACACCCUUUGAGCUGAUUAGACAUGUUUCCUUUACAACGCGGCAAUGAGCUGGUGAUCCAGUUUUCUAAUAGUCUCAACCACCAACAACACAAAAUCUCCCAAGAUCUGAUUCUGGAUGAUUAUGAUUCUCUGGUUGUCGGUUAUUCUGAUAAAAAAUUGCCUAGUAGCUUUCCAAAGAAAAUAUUUUAUGGCGCAGAUACAAUUCAUGGUAAUUCUAACGAAUAUAAGAAGAAGAUGGCUCAUAGGGAGAUUGAGAGGCAAAGGAGACAAGAAAUGACUUCCCUUCAUGCCUCGCUUAGAUCCCUUCUCCCUCUUGAGUUCAUCAAGGGAAAGCGUUCAUUAUCUGAUCAAAUGAACGAAGCAGUGAAUUACAUAAAUCACCUGCAGAAGAAUAUCAAAGAACUGAGUGACAAGAGGGAUGAACUGAAGAAACUCUCCAAUUCCAAGAUCGAAAGCAAUGAGAUGAAGCAUGCAUCUACCAGUUUCACUGUCCAUCAGAAGAAUGGAGCUGUGGGAAUUGAAAUCACUAGUGGCUUCAGAGAGGAAGGGCUCCCACUUUCAAGAUUGAUGGAACUACUGUUAAAAGAAGGACUUGAAGUUGUUAGUUGCCUUUCAGCCAAAGUCAAUGGCACUUUACUCCACAGUCUGCAGUGUGAGGUUAACAAUUCCAACAGUUUGGAUCUAUCUGAGAUGAGAAGGAAAUUUUCCAAUGUAAUUCCAUCAUUUAGAUGUUCUGAUUAGCUUUGUGGUUUGGAUAUAACUAGGCUCGCAAUCUUCUCAUUAACAGGAAAUUAACAUAUUAUCUAUCCCUUUCUAACUGGUUAGUAAUUUGUUUGAGUUUGCUUGCCAUGUAUAUAUUGGAAACCCUCUCUGAUCUCUCUUUGGUUUUGAACCUUCUGCUUUGAUUGUU